AUGCAGAUCGGAGCCCACGUUUCAUCCGCCGGUGGCAUCAGCAAGUCCAUUGACCGGGGCCUGGAAAUCGGCUGCGAGGCCAUCCAGAUUUUCGGCUCAUCCGCCCGGACCUGGGCCUUCAAACACCCGGCCGAAAAGGAAGUCGCUGCCUUCAAGGAACGCCGCGCCGAAGCGGGCAUGGGCGCCGUCUUCUUUCACGCCAUCUACCUCAUCAACCUCGGCAGCCCCAACCCGGAGUUGGUGGAGAAGGGAGUGCAGUCCUUGAUCAACUACAUGACCCUGGCCGCCAAUAUCGAGGCUGACGGCGUCAUAUUCCACCCCGGCAGCCACAAGGGGCAGGGCUACGACCAGGUAGCCGGCCAGGCAGUCGAAGCCAUCAAGCGGGUGCUGGACAACUCUCCCGAGGGCCCCUAUCUGUGCCUGGAGAACAUGGCCGGCAUGGGCCAGCACAUCGGAGCCAAGUUCGAGGAGCUUGGCGGUAUCCUGCAGGCGGUGGACAACCCCCGCCUCCGCAUCUGCCUCGACACUCAGCACAGCUUUGCCGCCGGCUACGACCUGACCACUAUCGACGGCGUGGAGGCCAUGAUCGCCCAGUUUGACGAGGCCAUCGGCGCCGACAAGCUGGCGGCAGUUCAUGCCAACGACUCCAAGCAGCUUUGCGGCUCCGGCGUUGACCGCCAUGACAACAUUGGCGAGGGCUACAUCGGCGAACAGGGCUUUGCCUGCAUCAUGGGCAAUCCGGCCUUCAAAGACGUUCCCUUCUUCCUGGAAGUCCCCGGCUUCGAAGGCGACGGCCCCGACCAGCAAAACAUAGACAUUUUGAAGAGGAUUAGGCAGGAAGUGGGGCUCUAA